UUGUACGUAUACACAAAAUACGUUCCAGACUGUACAUGGAUCCAGAUGUACUGACGGAAAUAAAACAGCGCAAUAUGUACAUGACAUGUACACACACUGUGUGUAGAAGCCGUAUGCACUUCUAACUCCCGUCUAAAAAAGAAAUCAACGUGAACUAUUAAACCAAACAAAAUCAUCUCGAUCAUCUUAAAAUACCGUGAUGCUCUUCUUGGAAAUUAUGCAACGCUGGUUCCUGAGAUAAGAUGGGAAGGUGGCUGAACCUAGGUGUACACUUUGGGACGUUAAUAACUUUAUUAUUUGCCACUACUAUACUGCAAACAACAGAAGCGCAAACACAAGUUAGUUUCGAGUUUCGACAAAAUUAUUCUCUAAUUGCGCAAAAUGUCGAUAAUUUCGAAAGUUUCUUGUUGGCCGACAUCAUCGACCUGUUUAAUUUCUCACAGACAGAAGUAUUCUUACUUCAGGUGACCGAGACCACUUCGGGACGUAUUAAAGUGAAUUUUACACUCAGAAUCAAUACUGCAAGUAAUGCUAAGAUUAAGUCCAGGAAUGAAAUGGAGCAAAGUCUCCGGACAGAUAACUACGCCUUUGUAUUCAUGGAGAACGUGUACAAAGUGCAGUCCACUACAGUGUCUAUUGUGCGAAGCAUAUCCGACAUAUGGCAUGAGUAUAUGCCUGAAAUCAUCAUAGCAGUACUAUGCGGAAUGAUGGCUCUUGCAAUAUUCACAGUCUCAAUACAACUACUGUGCAUGAACAGAGGGGAGAAGAAAGUACGAGACGUGGAAGUACCUCUGACCAAUCUACCGCGGGGUAGCGCUACGUCACUCUGCAGGGACAAUGCAGGUUUCUUUAGUGAAGAAACAAACAACGGACUAAGGCCGCACACACCAAAGUCCAGCAUAGCCUCAUCACGAUACGCCCAUACACAAGAUCGGGAUACACUCUACAACAAGCUCAUUCAUGACAACUACGCAGUACCCGCUAAACACAUGUUUAAUUUCUUGUAAAAAGUUGAACAACUCUCUCCUCGUAAAUAUCAUUUUUGUACUGCUUUUACUACACGCUAUUUAGAUGAGAAUUGUUUUUUUUAAAGAAUAUUUAUAUAUAUUUUUAAAAAUAGUCUGGUUUAAUUUCUGCAUAUACCUGGCUGUUACUCGGCAUUUGACGAUUAUGGGUCAAUUAUCAAGAAGUAGUCUUAGUUAAAACAUUUAUUUUUGUAAUCGGUUUAUUUCGUCAUUAUUUCAAUUGGGGCGGGGAGGGGUUGGUUUGCAGAACGUAGUUUAAAGAUGCUAUGUCAGAUUUUUGGCCGAUUUUGAUUAAAAGUUCAAUGGGUAUUUUGAUGGGGGUCGAGAAA